UUACGUCACGAAAAUUCGAUAAUUCGGCCAAAAUGUGCGAAGAAGAUAAUUUUUUUAUCCGCGAGUUGGAAGUGCACAAGUUAUCAGUUGAUUCGUGCAGUGGGUGUUUGCUGAAGAGGUCCAAUGCCGUGAGGAGAAGGCGCAGACCUUUGGUCAAAAGUCGGAGCGAUUUCGUUCAAUUCGAAAAUAUCGCGGAAUCGGCGGAAAUUGCACGGAGUUGUUCGAAACGAAAUCAAAAUUUUGUCCGAAGGAAUUGGAGAAAUAUCAAUGUUGCCAAGACUAAAAUGAACGGUAAAAAAAUAAAGCACUUCCUGCAAGGAAAAUUCUUGUCGAUAUCGUCUUACAAUAAAGAAAUUUCUGUGCCAUGGUUCCUCUUGUGGAAGUACCGAAAAAUUCAUCCCGGUGUUGGACGAAGAAUUCAGCAAGUUGACGGUGGUUUUUUCGAGAAAUUCGGCAACUUAUUGCGUGAGCAUGCCGAAACGACGGAAAACCGGGAAAGCGAAGAAAAACGAAAAGUUGAACAAAUCGCUGAAUGUCUCCGAUCUGAUGAAUGCGCCAGCACUGACACUGAAUUCGUUGCUUCUUCUGGUGAUAGCGACAAUGAAGCCAAAAGUUUGUCUUCAGACUCAGAAGACGAAAAGGACAAGACUGAUUUAAUUUCCGCUGCGUUUAAUAUCGAUGAGCUGUAUGCUGAAAUUUUGUACGAAAUCUUACAUAAUGUUGGCUGUGAUGUAAGUGUUGAGAUAGGACAGACUGCCUUAAUCUCGUACGCACAAGAUGCAUUUAAAAUUCCUAACAAUAAACAUAAUCAACUAUUGUCUGAAGCUGAAAAGAAGGAGGCUCCUGAAUUUUUGAUCAAUGUCGAAGUUAUCGAAGCCAAAGAUUUGAAACCAAAGGAUUCCAACGGGUUGAGCGAUCCGUUCGUUACUUUAUACUUAGCUAGUAAUACAUCACAUAGAUAUAACACUUCGGUCAAGUAUGGGACUCUGGUGCCAACGUGGGAAGAACACUUUGCUUUACCGAUCUCUGACAAUUCAAUCGACGACACCCUCUGCAUCGAGGUGUGGGACUUCGACCCCGCCGAAUCCGUCAAAGAAAAAUUCGGUCGUUUCUUCGACGUGAAAGGUGUCAAAGGCAUGCGAAAAUUCGUCAAAGAGAUCGCAGUGGCCGCUGCCACCGGCCAACACGAAAACGAACUAAUCGGCGUCGCCAAAAUCCCCCUUAACUCAAUCCCGGCCUCGGGCCUCACCAUGUGGUACAGCCUUGACAAGAAGAACAAAGCGACUCGUCAAGGAGUCAUCAAAAUCCGAAUCGCCUUCAGUGCGGAAAAAAACCGACAAGUGGCCGCACAAGAGCACAGACACAUGUUACGCAUCAUUCUUUUGCACGAACUCGAACUAUCAAAAGUUGCCCAGUUCUGGUGGUGUGGCACUUUUAGCCCCCAAGGCGAAGCGUUGCUGACCCAGCACAUAGCCCAGUCUGGGCUAACACCACCGGAAGUGGCUUUGUGCCAAUGGUCGGUUUACACUUCCGUCCAUCAGAACCACCAGUUAAGUUUCAGUCUGUUUUCGAAACUUUUGGAGAAAUUGGCGAAACCGCUUCGGAGUGAAGAAGAUUUGAAGAUAUUUUGGGACGGGGCGAAGAAAUUGCUACCGUCGUGUUUCUCCGUCAUUCGGAAGAUCAGGAAGAGGGAUUUUAAGGAUAAAAUGACGAUGCAACAACUGACUGAAGUUUUGAAUAUUUUGGGGAAUAUUAAAAUGAUGGAAAUGCCAGCUGAUGUUGACUUGUUCCCGAACAAUAUGUAUCCAUGGGUGACUUUUAGUGAAGACACGAAACGUGAUAUUUUGACGGUUGUUGCUGAUGCUGUUCAGCAAGGGGCCGAUGAUUGGUUUAAUCAUAUCACCGAGAAUAAUGUUCAACAAGUUGAAAAUGAUGUGGGAAGAUUGCAGUACUUGAUCCAAGCCAUUCAGUUGGUCAAAAGCGAUCUGCAAAAGGCGCUGGAGUUUUACGACAAACUCUUCCAACAAACAAUAAACUUCCAAUACGCCAAAGCCUUAUACGUCUUCUACCAAGCGAAAAUAUCAGCCCUUGCCGAACCUGACGUCCGCAACAUUUGCAAAUCCCUAAAGAAGCUUUCUUUCACCGGCUUCACAACAAACGAAACCGACUCCAACGAACCGCUAAAAGAAGGAACAACCUUGUUCGAACUGUAUUUAGCUCUCCACCGAUUUGUUGUUCUUGGCAAAGGUUUAUGUCAGACAGAUUCGGAUUCAUUUCAUAUUCGGAAUUUUUAUCAAUGGUUUCAUGGCGGUGUGGCUCAAUGGCUCGAUAUUGCCGUCUUCAAAGCCCUCCAACGUAUUGAGAAAGCCGUAGAGUUGGAUAAAUUAGUUCCUGUGGACACCACUGUUAGGUACAGCUCUUCUGCCGUAGACACAAUCUCGAUUUUUUACCAAGUGAAAGUAUUUUGGCAACAGCUCAACUGGCCGGACGUUGAAGGUUGUUACACGUUCAUUGCCAAAAUAAUAGAUGAUAUAUGCCGUUGUUGCGUUUUCUACGCCGAAAGGAUGGCAAUGAGGGUCGACGGAAUGGGUGUUCAAACAGACGAGAAGAAAUUUGAAGUGACAAAUGAGUGGUGUUUGGCCAUAAAUAACAUCGAAUAUGUGAGACAGUCCCUUCAACCUUUUACCGAUGAACUUGGCAUGGAAGGAGUUAUUGAAAAACUGGCCGAUUUGAAAAGUGCAAUGGAAGCAAAACGAUGCCAAGAUACGCUGAAUACUGUCAUAGCAAAUGCUAUUGAUACCGUCAAAAACGAAAUCAUCGCGCUUUUGGAAACUGUGGUUAAAAAGAUGGUGCCAGCAAUGAAACGACUUCUGAUAGAAGGCGCUGAGUUGUUUAAUCAGGAUAGUAACAGUAUUGAUAGACUCAUGUUAUACGUAGACAGUAAUUUAUCGACUUUACAUAACGAGCUAAACGAGGAGAAUUUUAACCGAGUCUUGGAAAUAGUGUGGGAUAAUUUAGACGGAAUUUUGAAGGAAAUAAUUCAAUCAAACUUGGAGAAACGAAGACCGCCGUCUUUCUUCGCCAAUCUUCACAAAACAUUAAACUUAAUGCUUGGCUCGUUUAAAGCCAAUGAUUUAAAUUGUGAAGAACUGAAGAAAACCGAACUGAAAUUGAAAGUGAAUGGGCUUGAAACCAACGACUUGAUCCACUUGGUUCAUCUGAAUUUGUACGAAGAAUUCAAAAAUUUGAAAGAGUCGAAAUACGGGGUCUUGUCCGUAAAAGCCAAAUUCGAAAACAACAACAACCUCAAAGUGACUGUAAUGAACGCACGAAACUUAUUAGCGAUGGAUUCGAACGGUUAUAGCGACUCGUUUGUGAGGAUUCAUCUAUUACCAGAACAUAAAUUUAGUGGGAUCCCUAAACCCAAAACGCAAACUCAUUACAAGACUUUGUUUCCUUUGUAUGAUGAGAACUUUACCGUGGAGCUACCCACUGAUUACAAAAGUGUAGAAGAUGGACUGUUACUUUUUAGUGUCAAAGACAAAGACAUGUUGGGUUAUAAUAACCAAUACAUAGGUGAAGCGUUUCUGCAUUUUAAAGACAUAGAUUCGUCAAAUACUCCAAUGGACGACUUACCCCAAAUUUCGUUAGCUUUAGGAAGGCCUACUGAUUUAAGUACUGAAGCAAUAAAGGCUCUAGAAAGUAGACUAGGUGAUAAACAAGCCAAGGAAUUUUUAAGAAAACUUAAACAAAGAAUGGGAACAUCAUAACUUAAGACUGUAUUGAAAAAAAGUAUAUUGAGCGUAUUUUUACUUACUGUACUUACAAAAUAUAUCGUUAUUAUUUGUA